AUGAAGACACCAACCCUUGGUCAUGGCCAACCUGAGUUCAUCCUCGUGGGCUUCUCCUCUUUCAGUGAGCUUCAGGCUCUGCUGUAGGGGCCCUUUCUCAUGCUCUAUCUUUUGGCCUUCACGGGAAACACCAUCAUCAUCAUCAUGGUCAUGGCUGACACCCACUUCCAUACACCCAUGUACUUCUUCCUAGGCAACUUCUCCCUGCUGGGGAUCCUGGUGACCAUGACAGCGGUACCCAGGAUGCUUUCAGAUCUGCUGGCCUCCUGCAAGGCCAUCUCCUUCUUGGGCUGCAUGGUCCAGUUCUACUUCUACUUCUCCCUGGGCUCCACCUCCUUCCUCAUCCUGGCUGACAUGGCCCUUGACCACUUCAUGGCCAUCUGCCACCCCCUACGCUAUGGCACGCUGAUGCGCUGGGCAGUUUGUGUCUGGCUGGCAGGGGCAGCUUGGGCAGCUCCCUUCCUAUCCAUGGUGCCCACUGUCCUCUCCCAGGCUCUUCUCAGUUACUGCCAUGGCAACGUCAUCAACCACUUCUGUGACAACGCCCCUCUGCUGCAGCUAGCCUGUGCAGACACCAGCCUGCUGGAAUUCUGGGACUUUGUGAUGGCUCUAACCUUUGUCCUCAGCUCCUUCCUGGUGACCCUCAUCUCCUAUGGCUACAUCGUGAGCACCGUGCUGAGGAUCCCCUCCACCAGUGGCCGCCAGAAGACCUUUUCCACGUGUGGGUCCCACCUCACCCUGGUUUUCAUUGGCUACAGCAGCACCAUCUUCCUGUAUGUCCAGCCAGGCAAAGCACACUCUGUGGAAGCCAACAAGAUGGUUGCCCUGGUAACAUCUGUCCUGACCCUCUUCCUCAACCCCUUCAUUCUUACCUUCCACAAUGACACAGUCAAGGCCAUUCUACGGGGACAGCUGCAGAGGCUUAAGGGCUUUCACAGGCAGCGUAAGCCCGGGGAGGUGCCUGGAGGGCUCAGGCUGUUCUACAGGGACAGCUGUGGAGGCUGA